AUGGCAUUUGCUAGCUUUUUGAUCCCCUGCUUUGUGAUCGGCACUGAUAUCGCUUUCUCUUGCCAGAAUACUGAUGACUUCGUGGGCGCCAGUUCUCCGGGGGACAUUGUUAUUGGAGGCUUGUUUGCAGUUCAUAGCGAAAUGCUGCAUCCAGAAGAAUAUCCCAUCAAGCCAGUAAUUCAGAAUUGCGCUGGCUUUGAAAUUCAAAUUUUUCUUCAGACACUUGCAAUGAUACAUGCUAUUGAAAUGAUCAACAAUUCAACACUCUUAUCUGGAGUUACUCUGGGCUACGAAAUCUAUGACACAUGUGCAGAAGUUACAAAAGCCAUGGCUUCUGCUCUGAGGUUCCUGGCUAAAUUCAAUUCUUCGAAGGACGUUGUAGAGUUCAAGUGUAACUACUCAGACUACGUCCCGAGAAUUAAAGCAGUCACUGGAGCCAGCUACUCGGAGGUGUCAAUGGCAGUUUCAAGGCUGCUGGCUUUGCAACUAAUCCCACAGGAGGUAAUUAUGACCUCCAGCUCUACCACGGGAACAAUAGUCAGUCCUGCAUCAUCAGCUGAAAUCCUCAGUGACAAAAUCCGGUUUCCUUCUUUCUUCAGGACUAUCCCCAGUGAUUUCCAUCAGACAAGAGCAAUGGCCCAUUUGAUCUGUGAGUCUGGGUGGAAUUGGAUUGGAGUAAUAGCCACUGAUGAUGACAACGGGCGCUUUGCUCUGGAGAGCUUUGGGGUCCAGGCCAUGGCAAACAACGUUUGCAUAGCUUUUAAAGAAAUGCUGCCUGCCUAUCUCUCUGACAACACCUUUCAAACCAAAGUUGAUCACGCAAUUGAGAAGAUUGUCAAGGAAACCAGAGUAAAUGUUAUUGUUGUCUUUAUGAGACAGUUCCACGUGCUCAAACUAUUUAAGAAGGCAGUUGAGAGGAAUGUAAAUAAAAUCUGGAUUGCAAGUGAUAAUUGGUCAGCUGCAGUCAAAAUCAGUACAAUUCCCAAUAUCAGACAGCUGGGGACCAUUGUGGGAUUUGGAUUUAAAAGCGGAGACAUCUCCACAUUCCAAGACUUUCUGAGAAACCUUCAUGAAAAGCCCACUGACAACAACAAGUUUUUACAUGAAUAUAUUAUGCUUUUGUCAGUCUGUGCACACCUGGAAUACCACGAUUUUCAAAUGUGCAUUUCAAACCAGUCCCAGGAUGAUCUAUUGCAAAAUGUUGAAAAUAAACAUCAGAUCUGGAGAGAUGGUUUUUUGAAUGCUAACAUUGAACCAGGAUUUAUCCAUAGUACUAUACUUGCAGUCUAUGCCAUUGCUCACGCCAUUAAGGGGCAAUGCAAAGACAGAAACUGCAAGGAUCCCUCUGCCUUUACUCCCUGGGAGCUCCUUGAAGAACUUAAAAAAGUUACAGUCAUUGAUGAUGAUAAAGAAAUCAAGUUUGACUCCAAUGGAGAUAUGAGCACCAGUUAUGAUGUACUUCUUUGGAAAGAAAUUGAUGGCCACGUGGAAAUCACCACUAUGGCAGAAUAUGACCCAGAGAAAGGUGACUUCAUCUUUGAGGAUGAGGAGAAAAAAAAAGAAUUUCUGGAUUUAAAGAAGGUUCAGUCAACAUGCUCCCAGCACUGCAGGCCAGGACAGAUGAAAAAGGUUACAGAAAGUCCACACACAUGCUGCUAUGAGUGUGUUUACUGCCCAGAAAACCAUUACAGCAAUCAAACAGAUAUGGAUUACUGCUACCGAUGUAACAACAAAACCUACUGGGCUCCCGCCAACAGUACCACGUGCUACAGAAAGACAAUCCAUUUCCUCGCCUGGACUGACUGGUUUGCUAUUUUCCUCCUCCUCCUCUCCGCUUUUGGGGUUGUGUUGGUUUUGUCAAUUAGUGUCAUAUUUACUAGAAACUUGAACACACCGGUUGUGAAGGCAUCUGGAGGUCUAACCGUCUGCUACAUUAUUCUCUUCAGCCACUUCUUAAUUUUUUUAAGCACCGUCUUCUUCGUAGAUGAACCCACAGAAUUCAAGUGUAAAACUAGGCAAGCCCUCUUCGGCAUAAGUUUUGCACUCUGCAUUUCAUGUAUUUUAAUAAAGUCACUAAAAAUUUUACUAGCCUUCAGCUUUGAUCCCAAGCUGCAGAAUUUCCUGAAAUGCUUAUAUAAACCUGUUCCCACCGUGGUCACCUGCACUGGAAUUCAAGUUAUCAUUUGCACCUUCUGGCUAAUAUUCAGGACACCUUUUGUAAAGCAAAAUUUCUCAAUCCCAAGAGCAAUAAUUCUGGAGUGCAAUGAGGGCUCUAUUGUGGCUUUUGGGAUUAUGUUGGGCUACAUCGCUGCCCUAGCCUUCAUUUGCUUCAUAUUUGCCUUUAAAGGUAGGAAGUUACCAGAGAACUACAAUGAAGCUAAAUUCAUCACCUUUGGCAUGCUAAUUUACUUUAUAGCGUGGAUUGUAUUUAUCCCUGUCUAUGCAACUACAUUUGGCAAAUACCUGCCGGCAGUGGAAAUCAUCGUUGUUUUAAUAUCCAAUUAUGGAAUCCUCUGCUGCACUUUUCUUCCAAAGUGCUAUAUCAUCAUUUACAAGCAAGAAACAAACACAAAAUCUGCCUUUCUCAAAACGAUUUACACGUAUUCCUCCAAGAGCGCAGGCAGCGUUGCUGUUAGUCAGAUUUCUUUGGAUUCAAAGUCUUCCAGCUCCCGAGCUACUAUCUCAGACUCAUGUAAAUCUGAGAAAAACUCUGUGAAUGGAAACUGCCAUUUCCAAGUGCCUGGGCAGAGGCUAAUAAAAGGGGAAGUUCUUCCUAAAAAUACUGCUAGGACUGUGGCCAGGAAAAGACUCUCCAGCAUAUGA